GCAGCCGUGUGUGCGCGCCGGGCCGGCGAGCUGCUGGGCGGGGGAGCGGCGCCCCAGAGCGCCCCGCCUAGCCUCCCGCGCGCAGCCUCUACCCUGCUCCGCCACAGACACACACCCACCAAGCACCCACCGCCCUCCGCCCUCCGCCCUCCGCCCUCCGCCCUCGCGGCCGCCGCCGCCGCUGCGCCUCGGGCAGCCCCAGCGAGCGGCAACUCCCGGGCUGGCGCGGCUCGCUUUCCAGCUCCUUCCGCGCGGCGAGCUCAGCCCCGCUCGAUUUUUCCUCUUCUGUUCCAGCCCUCUCUCGUCUGGGUGGCGGUGGCGGCGGCAGGGGGAUGGGGACCCCGCGUGGGGAAGGGGGUGAAGAUCGAUGAAGAUUAUUGUUCUUUUAAAGGAUGCCUUAGCUUCCUCCCGCCGCCUCUCCUCUGAACCUUCCUACUAGAGACUGUGAACCAGAGUCAGGGAUGUAAAGACAGGGGGAAAGCACGCCAGGAGCUCCAGCCAGCCGGGGAGACCCUCCUCUGUGGAGGGGAGGGGGAUUUCCAGCGACAGAUCACUGGCGAAGGGGAUCGUCGCGGGGAGAGGCUCCCUGGAGGGAGCGGGGAAUCCCACAGCCCUUUGUGGUGCCCGAGCCUAUGCCGCCUGCUGAGCGGGGUCUGUGGGAGCUAGCUUUGUCAGUGGAAAUGCCUGCCCCCGAAGGAUAUUGCUUCAGUUGACCUCAUUUUUUAAGGAUCCUGGCUCUGCAGCUUUGUCCAGUUCAAAAUGGCAGAAAAGGCUCCCCCGGGCUUAAACAGGAAGACUUCAAGGUCGACACUUUCUCUUCCUCCAGAGCCUGUGGACAUUAUCCGGAGCAAAACAUGCUCCAGGAGAGUUAAAAUCAACGUGGGGGGCCUCAACCACGAAGUCCUGUGGAGAACGCUGGACAGGCUGCCCAGGACGCGCCUGGGGAAGCUUCGAGACUGCAACACACACGAGAGCCUCCUGGAAGUGUGCGAUGACUAUAAUCUGAACGAGAACGAGUAUUUCUUUGAUCGGCAUCCAGGAGCCUUCACUUCCAUUUUAAAUUUCUACCGGACAGGGAAACUCCAUAUGAUGGAAGAAAUGUGUGCACUUUCUUUUGGCCAAGAACUUGAUUACUGGGGGAUUGAUGAGAUCUACUUAGAGUCCUGCUGCCAGGCCAGAUAUCAUCAAAAAAAAGAACAAAUGAACGAAGAACUGAGGCGAGAGGCAGAGACUAUGCGAGAGCGAGAAGGAGAAGAGUUUGAUAAUACCUGCUGCCCUGAUAAAAGGAAGAAACUGUGGGACUUGCUGGAGAAACCUAACUCAUCAGUGGCUGCAAAGAUCCUGGCCAUCGUGUCUAUCCUGUUCAUCGUGCUUUCCACCAUUGCUUUGUCUCUCAACACACUGCCGGAGCUGCAGGAAACGGACGAAUUUGGACAACUCAAUGACAACCGCCAAUUAGCACAUGUGGAGGCUGUGUGUAUUGCGUGGUUUACCAUGGAGUACCUUUUGCGAUUCUUAUCCUCACCAAAUAAAUGGAAGUUCUUCAAAGGCCCACUGAAUGUCAUUGAUUUGCUGGCCAUCUUGCCGUACUAUGUCACCAUUUUUCUCACGGAGUCCAACAAGAGCGUGCUACAGUUCCAAAACGUGAGGCGCGUGGUCCAGAUCUUCCGAAUCAUGCGCAUCCUCAGGAUCCUGAAACUCGCCAGGCAUUCGACAGGCCUACAGUCUCUGGGUUUCACUCUUAGGCGGAGUUACAAUGAACUGGGCUUGUUGAUAUUGUUUCUGGCCAUGGGGAUAAUGAUAUUUUCCAGCCUGGUAUUUUUUGCUGAGAAGGAUGAAGAUGCUACCAAGUUCACCAGUAUCCCUGCAUCAUUUUGGUGGGCCACCAUCACCAUGACCACUGUCGGCUAUGGUGACAUUUACCCUAAGACAUUACUAGGGAAAAUCGUGGGAGGCCUGUGCUGUAUUGCUGGGGUUCUGGUUAUUGCCCUUCCUAUCCCAAUUAUUGUGAACAAUUUUUCUGAGUUUUACAAGGAGCAGAAACGCCAAGAGAAAGCAAUUAAAAGGAGGGAGGCUCUUGAGCGGGCCAAAAGAAAUGGAAGCAUCGUUUCUAUGAACUUAAAAGAUGCCUUCGCGCGAAGUAUGGAACUGAUAGAUGUGGCUGUGGAGAAGGCCGGAGAGUCCGCCAACACGAAGGACUCCGCCGACGAUAAUCACCUGUCGCCAAGCAGGUGGAAGUGGGCCAGGAAGGCUCUGUCGGAAACAAGCUCCAACAGGUCUUUCGAGAAUAAGUACCAGGAGGUUAGCCAAAAAGACUCCCACGAGCAGCUGAACAACACGUCUUCCUCCAGCCCACAGCAUCUGAGUGCCCAGAAACUGGAGAUGCUGUACAAUGAAAUCACCAAGACACAGCCUCAUUCUCACCCAAACACAGACUGCCAAGAAAAGCCUGAGAGGCCAUCUGCAUAUGAAGAAGAGAUUGAAAUGGAAGAAGUGGUGUGUCCACAGGAGCAGCUGGCCGUGGCACAGACCGAGGUCAUUGUGGACAUGAAGAGCACCUCCAGCAUCGACAGCUUCACCAGCUGUGCCACCGACUUCACAGAGACAGAGAGAUCGCCCCUGCCGCCGCCCUCCGCCUCUCACUUGCAGAUGAAGUUCCCAACAGACCUCCCAGGGACAGAAGAGCACCAAAGAGCUAGGGGCCCCCCGUUUCUAACUCUAUCCAGAGAGAAAGGGCCUGCUGCCAGGGAUGGCAUGCUGGAGUAUGCCCCAGUCGAUAUAACUGUGAACCUCGAUGCCAGUGGCUCCCAAUGUGGGCUACAUAGUCCUUUGCAGUCUGACAAUGCCACCGACAGUCCUAAGAGCUCUCUAAAAGGCAGCAAGCCACUAAAGUCCAGAUCCCUCAAAGUGAACUUUAAGGAAAAUAGAGGCAGUGCACCACAGACCCCACCCAGCACAGCCAGGCCACUGCCAGUCACAGCAGCUGACUUUUCGUUCACCACCCCGCAGCACAUCAGUACCAUCCUCUUAGAAGAAACCCCCUCCCAGGGAGACAGACCCUUGCUGGGUGCUGAGGUUUCAGCACCUUGUCAGGGACCUUCCAAAGGGCUGUCUCCCAGGUUUCCCAAGCAGAAACUGUUCCCUUUCUCUUCAAGAGAGAGGAGGAGCUUCACUGAAAUAGAUACUGGUGAAGACGAAGACUUCUUAGAGCUCCCAGGGGCAAGGGAGGAGAAGCAGGGGGACUCCAGCCCAAAUUGCUUUGCAGAUAAGCCUAGUGAUGGGAGAGACCCUUUAAGAGAAGAGGGCAGUGUGGACUCUUCCUCCCUGCAGGACACAGGUCACAACUGUAGGCAAGACAUUUACCAUGCUGUGAGUGAAGUCAAAAAGGACAGUCAAGAAGGGUGCAAGAUGGAAAACCACUUGUUUGCCCCAGAAAUUCAUUCCAACCCAGGAGACACAGGUUAUUGUCCCACACGUGAAACCAGCAUGUGACUAGUUACAAAAGCAAUAAAUUAAAAAAAAAAAAAAAACUUGUUUCUUAAAAAUGAGGUUAAUAAUGCCUGUGAACUAAAAAAAUGGGAAGCCUUCCCCAAAAAAAGUGCAUAAAAUGUUAUUUUUGCAUGGCAUGAACAGUUUAGCUUAAAUACUGUUUAAAUAAAGAGUCAAGACUGAAUUUUGUAACAAACCAACAAAAAUGACUGAAGAACAGUGAACAAAUAAAAAGAGCUCUAUUAGGAACCAGUAUUCUGCAAUGUCUGACAUUUUUGAUCCUUUCAUUUCAAAUUGUAGGCCGAUUUUCAAGUCUUAACAUUUAUGUUACAUUGAAGCUUAGAAUUUUCAUAUGAAAGGAUGAAAUGUCAUUGCAUGCAUUCGUAAUUAUGAGGAAUAAGGUACUGUGAGCUUGCAAAAUGCAUAACUUUGUAAAUAAUGGGGCCUGGAUGCAAAAGUGUCAUGAACACAUGGAAACAAGUUUCUGAGACACAGGUAUUUCCUUCACAGCUACUGCCUGGAGGAGCUGUACAGACUUCCUGUUGCAAAAUUGCAACCUCUCCUUAAACCAUCUCGCAUAUCUUGCUUUGACUUAUAAAGCUCUUAUAAGUACAUUUGUUUAAAGGAAUACAGUAUUUUUUAUUUAUUUGUGAUAUAAUUCAUAGGCUGCAUUUUACUUUUUUGCUUCUGCUUAGUUGUGGCAUUUGUGGUUCAUUUAUAAAUCAUAGACAUGGGCAAGAUUUAAUGACCAGAUAUCAAAAUAUUUGAAAUUUUGCCAAUAAGUUAUAUAUCAUGCCACAGCCGAUUACAGGAAUGCAUUUUUUAAAAACCUGAAAUUAUUUAAAAGGUUAUAUCAUACAAUUAAAUGUUUUUAAUGGCAGUCUACAUUUGGAAAUUAGUUCUUUUAAGAAAUGCAUUUUGGCCACCUAAAGAUGACUGUAUUUUCCACUUGUAUCCAAUAUAACAUAACCUUUUCUAACUAAAGUUCUAAAAAUAGAAUACAGAUAUGCCAAAAUGGAAAUUCCAAAAAGUGACCUGACAAACUAAAAGCAGAGUCAUUUAAGUGACAUUGCCACCGCCACUCAUAGAGUUGGCUCGGAAAUUAGUUGCUACGAAAAGAACCCAGGUGUGGUAACGGGUCACCCUAUAUUUCUCAACAUGGGAUGUGAGGUGGGGGGACACCGCAAUGUGUGGGAGGAAGUUGUUCCUUUUUCUGGAUAUGAAUUACAGAACCCAGAGCACAGAUGGCAGUCACACCCUCCUAUAAUUACAGCAACUAGAAACACCCCCUUGCAUUUCCAACCUUUUCAGGGGGUGAUUGGGACUCUCUUUGUUCAAAAUGACUUUCAGAGAUUUUUACUGGGAACGGUGAAAUCCAGAGCAGUGAAGGCACUGACCAGAGAUUGCCUGUUGGUGAAGUCUGUGCUAGAACCCAGCUCAUCUUAAUUCACGUUGCUUCACAGGAAUCGAGGCUCUGGUCGAAAUUUGCAACCACCAGAUGUGUGAUUCUAGGCAAGCCUGUACAACCUCUCUUGGUCUCAGUUUUGCCCCAGUAAAAAUCAAGACAAAAUUGUUUCCAAGGUCCCAUAAGACUUUAAUAUGAUUCCUUGGUCUCCCAGGAAGGUCCAGAUUUUGCCUCAGCACUUUGUACCCGUCUGUGUGUGUGUGUGCGCGCGUGUGUAAAAUUCAGGGAAAUAGGAAGAUGCUGGGCCAAAUUUCAAGCACAAUAUAUUGUUUAAAGAAAAAAUUCUAAAUUUUUUUUUAUUUUUAAAAGGAAAAAAUAGCCCAAAUAUUUAGACUCUUAUUUAAGACUUUAAAGAAAAACAUUUCUUCAUUAACAGAAUCUGGUCAUUAUAUCUCAGAUAAGAAAACAAGUUUUGAUCUUAGUUGAAACACAAGCAGACCUACUGCUAAAAAUAAUUUUAAACAUUUCUUUUUUCACUGUGCUUAGAAUUUCUUAGUGAUUUUCAUCUUAGUGAUUUUAGUGUAUCAUGUUUCAAAACAUAACCUUUAAGAGUUUAUGGUCAUUAAUUGUUGAUAUUUACAUUACUCAUGCUUAUUUCAGUGUCUAAAGCUAAAUAUUGAUCAGUUUUGUAAAUAGAGUGUUUGAAUUUUCUAUCUAUAGUUUUUCAAGGUCAAACAGGUAUAUCUGCUAUUGGAUGAAUAGCAAAUAAUUUAUGAAAAUCAUUUUAUUUACAUAGCCUCAUAAAGCAAUUAUUUUCAAACGUCUCUUAUUGAUGAAUCUCAACUCUUUUUAUUCAUCUUUCUGUAUAAGUGGACUUGUCUUAAUGCACUAAGAAUUGACUGAUGCCCACCUUUCCUAUGUCUGUUAGGCCCUCUGCUGAGAACACUGCUCCAGAAUAUUUAAUAUUAGAAAGCUUGCCUAGUCAAAGAAUCCUAGACAUUCCUCCCUAGAAGCAUCCUCCCCAAAAUCUUUUUUCUCUUCAUUCUAAGGUACUUUUUUAAGUUUUAGAGAAUUUUCUAGUACAACCCAUGGAAAGCUUAUCCUUCCAUUUUUCUUAGUUCCUCUGAGCCAAAAGUCUUCAGCUAGGGAAAAAAGAAAAUGCUCCUCUAAAAAACAUCUUUGACUUCAGUGUUUCACAAGGAGGCAGUGUGGGGACUGAAGGCUCCCAGGAUGCACUUGUGUAACACUUCCUAAGCCUUUUCCACGAACUGCACGUAACGCAGAGAAUAAACAUGUGUGCCUGGAAUGGUCUGGGAAUGUCCCAAGCACAGAGUUCUUUUGAAGUCUUAUAUUUUACACUAAAAAUUCAUGUAAAUGCUGCAUUUUACUUUAUAAUUUUAUAUAUUCCAUGUGUUUAAAUAUUUUUAAAAUAAUGUUUUAUAUUAUUUACCAACUAGUAAAAUGGAUACUUGUAUAACUUUAAAUACGUCUUUUGUAUCCCCUGGAAAAAUAGAUCCCCAGUUUGAGAUGUACUGCAUGAAUGGCAGGAACAGAGACUGGUUCCCUGAGGGCCACUGGAGGUUUCUGCUGCUGAGAGCGCUCACCCCUUGUUACAAGUGAGAAUUAUCUGAAUGACUACAAAAUAACUCAGUUCCACAUAUGGCUAA